UAGGCGCCGGGGCGGAGCGGCGCAGCGGAGUGGGGCUGCUCCGGGGCGCGCUGUGCGGAGCCCGGAGGCGCCAGGGCCGGCUGGCCCCGCCAGCCCCCCGCCUUUCCUUCCUCCCUUGUCUCCUCCUCCCUCCCCUCCCCCUGCGCCCUGCUCCGGACCCGAGGCCGGCCAGCCGGCGCCGGGAAUGUGAGAGGCAGCGAAGCGGCCGGCCCGGGCCCUGAGAGGCACCGAGGAGGCCGGAGCCCCAGAACGGUGCGUGCAGGGGGACCGGCAUGAAGUUGAAGAAGCAAGUGACAGUAUGUGGGGCAGCCAUCUUCUGCGUGGCAGUCUUCUCCCUCUACCUCAUGCUAGACCGAGUCCAGCAUGAUCCCACCCGGCACCAGAAUGGCGGCAACUUUCCCCGGAGCCAGAUAUCAGUGCUGCAGAACCGAAUUGAACAACUGGAACAGCUGUUAGAGGAGAAUCAUGAGAUCAUCAGCCACAUCAAGGACUCGGUGCUCGAGCUGACAGCCAAUGCGGAUGGCCCUCCUGCUUUGCUCCCUUACCACACCCCCAAUGGCUCCUGGGUAGUGCCCCCUGAGCCCCGGCCUAGCUUCUUUUCCAUUUCCCCCCAAGACUGCCAGUUUGCUCUGGGAGGGCAGGGCCAAAAGACAGAGAUCCAGAUGCUUACAGUGUCAGAGGAGCUGCCCUUUGACAAUGUGGAUGGUGGUGUGUGGAAGCAGGGCUUUGAUAUUCCCUACAGUCCUCAUGACUGGGACUCAGAAAACCUCCAGGUGUUUGUGGUGCCCCAUUCCCACAAUGACCCAGGCUGGAUCAAGACCUUUGACAAGUACUACACAGAACAGACUCAACACAUCCUUAACAGCAUGGUGCCCAAGCUGCAAGAGGACCCCCGGAGACGCUUCCUCUGGGCUGAGGUCUCCUUCUUUGCCAAGUGGUGGGAGAACAUCAACGCUCAGAAAAGGGCAGUGGUACGAAGGUUAGUAGGAAACGGGCAGCUGGAGAUAGCAACUGGAGGCUGGGUGAUGCCUGAUGAAGCCAACUCCCAUUACUUCGCAUUGAUCGAUCAGCUCAUCGAAGGGCAUCAGUGGCUAGACAAAAACCUUGGUGUGAUCCCACGCUCUGGCUGGGCUGUGGACCCUUUUGGAUACAGCUCAACAAUGCCUUACCUACUCCGACGCUCAAAUCUAACCAGCAUGUUAAUCCAGAGGGUGCAUUAUGCUAUCAAGAAGCACUUCGCUGCUACCCACAGCUUGGAGUUCAUGUGGAGACAGACAUGGGACCCAGAAGCCAGCACAGACAUCUUUUGCCACAUGAUGCCGUUCUACAGCUACGAUGUGCCACACACCUGUGGCCCCGACCCCAAGAUCUGCUGCCAGUUUGAUUUCAAGCGUUUACCUGGUGGGCGAAUCAACUGCCCCUGGAAGGUGCCACCCCGAGCCAUCACUGAGAGCAAUGUGGCCGAGAGGGCAGCCCUGCUUCUGGACCAGUACCGAAAGAAGUCCAAGCUGUUUCGAAGCAACGUAUUACUGGUGCCACUUGGCGAUGACUUCCGUUAUGAUAAGCCCCAAGAGUGGGAUGCCCAGUUCUCCAAUUACCAGCGGCUCUUUGACUUCCUCAAUAACCAACCUGAUCUCCAUGUGCAGGCCCAGUUUGGCACUCUGUCUGACUAUUUUGACGCCCUGUACAAGAGGACAGGGGUGGAGCCCGGUGUCCAGCCUCCAGGUUUUCCUGUGUUGAGUGGGGAUUUCUUCUCUUACGCUGACCGGGAGGAUCACUACUGGACAGGAUAUUUUACCUCCAGGCCUUUCUACAAGAGUCUGGACCGGGUCCUAGAGGCUCAUCUGCGGGGCGCAGAGAUCCUGUACAGUCUGGCACUUGCUCACAUCCGGCAUUCUGGCACGACCAGUCAGUACCCACUCUCAGACUAUAGCCUGCUGACUGAUGCCCGUCGCGCCCUAGGUCUCUUCCAGCACCACGAUGCCAUCACUGGUACUGCCAAGGAAGCAGUAGUGAUAGACUACGGGGUCAGGCUCCUGCGUUCUCUUGUGAGCCUGAAACAGGUCAUCAUCAAUGCUGCUCACUACCUGAUAUUGGGGGACAAAGGAACCUACCAUUUUGAUCCCAAUACACCCUUCCUCAGCAUGGAUGACACACGCUUAACCCAGGAUGCCCUGCCAGAGCAGACCGUGAUUCAGGUGGAUUCCUCACCCCGGUUUGUGGUACUGUUCAACCCCCUGGAUCAGGAGAGGCUCAGUGUUGUCUCUUUGCUUAUUAACUCUCCCCGGAUCCGGGUCCUCUCUGAGGAGGGCCAGCCCUUGGCCGUGCAGCUCAGCGCCCGCUGGAGCUCUGCCACUGACAUUGUGCCCGAUGUCUACCAGGUCUCUGUGCCGGCCCGUUUACCUGCUCUGGGUCUCAGCAUCCUGCAGCUGCAUCCGGGCCUCGAUAGGCGCCGCACUCUGCCUUCCUCCGUGCGCAUCUACCUGCACGGCCGCCAGCUGUCUGUCAGCAAGCAUGAGGUGUUCCCUGUCCGUGUUGAUGAGGCUGGGACCAGCGACUUUGCUCUCAGCAACCGCUACAUGCAAGUCUGGUUCUCAGGCCAAACUGGGCUUCUCAAGAGCGUCCGGAGGGUGGAUGAAGCGCAGGAGCGCCGCCUCAAUGCUGAGUUCCUCAUCUACGGCACCCGAACCUCCAAAGACAAGAGCGGGGCUUACCUCUUCCUGCCUGAUGGCGUGGCCAAGCCCUAUGUCCCCAAGGAGCCCCCUGUUCUUCGGGUCACCGAAGGGCCCUUCUUCUCAGAGGUCGUUGCCUAUUACCAGCACAUGCAGCAGGUGGUUCGGCUCUACAACUUGCCCGGGGUCGAGGGUCUCUCCUUAGAUGUCUCCUCCUUUGUGGACAUCCGCGAUCACGUAAAUAAGGAGCUGGCAUUUCGCAUCCAGACAGACAUUGAAAGUGAAGGCACCUUCUUCACAGACCUCAACGGCUUCCAGAUACAGCCCCGUCGGUAUUUGAAGAAGCUGCCACUGCAGGCCAACUUUUACCCCAUGCCAGCCAUGGCCUACAUCCAGGACAGCCAGAGCCGCCUCACCCUGCACACCGCGCAGGCCCUCGGAGUCUCCAGUCUGGGCAACGGCCAGCUGGAAGUUAUCCUAGACAGGCGCCUGAUGCAGGAUGACAACCGAGGUCUGGGCCAAGGGCUAAAAGAUAACAAGAGAACCUGCAACCGAUUUCGCCUCCUGUUGGAACGACGUACCACUGCCAAUAAGCCACUUAGCUUCUUUUCCAAACUGGCCUCUGCAUUUAGGCAUUUGGUCUUUCCCAGCAGCAGGAGCAGCAACCAAGAGGUGCAAGAUGGUCGCCCAACCAGCUUCCCAUCUCUUCUCAGCCACCUGACUUCCAUGCACCUGAAUACACCGGUGAUGGCCCUACCUGUGGCCAGAGAGCAGCCUGGGGGCCCUGCCAUACGCUCAUUUCAGCCUUUGGCCUCCUCACUUCCGUGUGAUGUCCACCUGCUCAACUUGCGAACACUCCAAGCGGAGGAUGACAAACUGCCCUCAUCUGAGAUGGCACUCAUUUUACACCGAAAGGGCUUUGACUGUGGCCUGGAGGCCAAGAACUUGGGUUUCAACUGUACCACAAGCCAAGGCAAGGUGGCCCUAGGAAGCCUUUUCCAAGGGUUGGAUGUGGGCUUCCUGCAGCCUACUUCACUGACAUUACUCUACGCGCUGGGCUCACCUUCUAACAGCAUGGACAUCCACUUGGAGCCCAUGGAGAUCUCCACCUUUCGCCUCCGCCUGGGCUAGCAUUCUUCGUGGCCAGGAGAGAAAGUACAUCCAUACAGACCACCUCUCAGAAUAAGGCUGGGAUGGACAGCUGCACUGGGUGCCCCAACUGAUCCACCUUCCCCAAAUGUAACAGACUGAGCUCGGCCCCAUUGUUCUCUAUUUAUUGUUGCUCCUGUGCUUGAAGGGCUGCCCAGAAGCCCAGGAUUAGACAGAAGGGGCAAGGUGCAGGUUGGCUCAGGAGUGAGAGGCUGGCCCCGAGUGCCAGAUGUGCUGGGCCGUGCCUUGAGGUGCAUGAGUGGCUGCCCGCUUGGACACGAGGUUCUUGUCCCCAAUUUCUAUUCUGUCUCCCUAAUUGUUAGCUUUUGGGAUGUGAGGGACCAAGAGCAGAAGUGUAGAGAAGAACUGAGGCAGCAAGGGGCAAGAUGCAGUCUGCUCCUCCCUUGCUGUCCUGAUUCAGGGGAGUAAUUGAGGCAGGUAUGCAAGGAGAAUGGAAUCACAAUCCUUCCCUCGGCCACAGCAGGCUCUGAAAUUAAGUACGGCAGUCACGUAGAGACCAAAUGCUUUGGUGUGAUGUCCAGGCAGGUCUUUGUAAAUCUGAGAUGAGAGUGUGUAAAAAGGAGUCUGAGAACAGUUUUAACUUGCAAAGAAAGAAGGAAUAAUGGGGGCAAAGGGAAGAUUUCUCUCUCCUUGGAACUGGAAUCCCUAGGUGACCUGCUAGUCCUAGGCCCGGCUACAUUAGGUGCUGCCCUGGCCAAGGGAUCUGCAUCAGGCAGGUGAUUCUGUAGCAGUCGGUAAGAACUUGUAUGGAACUAGAGACUGUGACUUUGCCAGAGUUCACAGGACACUUCAGGUAACAAAAUUCAUUUCAAACUA